AUGUGGCACUACUUCAACAAGUUCAGGCCCGAAGAGAAGGGCCAACUUCCACUCCUAGAGGGCCUCGACAAGUUCUGCGGAGGCAUUAGCGUGUACGGGCCUUACUGGGACCAUGUGCUGGGUUACCACAAGGCGAGCUCGGAGAUGCCCGAGAAGGUUUUGUUUGUGAAGUAUGAGGAGAUGAAAGCGGACACGAGCGUUCAAGUGAGGAGGUUGGCCGAUUUCAACGGGCGUCCAUUCAACGAAGAAGAAUUGAGAAACGGGACCGUGGAGGGAAUACUGAGGAUGUGUAGCUUUGACAAUUUAAGUGCAUCGGAGGUGAAUAGGAGCGGCAAGUUGCCUACUGGAGUAGAGAACAAGAGGCUCUUCAGGAAAGGCGAGGUUGGAGAUUGGGUGAAUUACAUGAGCGCUGAGAUGGGAGAGAGAAUUGACGGUGUCAUGGAAGAAAAGUUGCAUGGUUCUGGUUUGAAGUUUUAG